UUCCACUAAAAUCAAACAGAAACGGCCAAAUUCAAGUCUGCGGAAACGAUUUUUUGUAUCGGAAAAAUUCCAUUCAAGCGAAUAUAUCUGUAGUGCACGUGUUUUGUGAAUAAUAAGAGUGUUGUAUGCGUUUUAGUCGAAAUAAAUGAGCGAAAUGGAUGAAAUAGUUGAUAAUUCCAUAGAAACAAAAGAAAACGUUCAUCAAUCCUUGAAAUUAAACGAAAACAAGGUAAAGAGAAGCAGCAUUUUGGUGUCGAAAAAUGAAUCUUUGCAACAAGAGACGAAAUGCAGUCGAAGAAGUGAUGAAAUGGAUCGUCUCAAUCAUUUAUUUGAAACUUUGAGUAUCAGAUCGUUGAGUGAAGGAAGGGAAAUCGAAGAGUUUACUUCAGAUUUAAUCCAAGAUGAAUUUGAAUUAAGGAAGGAUAUGAAUAAUGAGGAUUGUAAUCUUGACAAUCAAAAAAUUAAAGAAAAUGUAGAGAAUCAUGAGAUGGCCACUAAGAGUGAAGAAACCACCAUGAAAUUGAUUAAUUAUCCAGAAGAAGGAGAAUGUAAUCAAAAAAUAAAGAAUUUAGAUGGAACUUUAUUUAUUAAUAUGGAAAAUAAGCAAGAAGAAUCUAAUAAGACAAUGAAUUUGAAUCAAACUAUAGAAAUUGAUGGAAAAAUGACAAAAUUAAAUGAAACUUUGGAGAUUAAUACCAAAAAUGUACAAGAUGAAUCAUCCCAGAAUCAUGACAUUACCAUGAAAUUGAUUAAUUAUCCAGAAGAAGGAGAAUGUAAUCAAAAAAUAAAGAUUUUGGAUGGAACUCUGGUUAUUAAUGUGGAGAAUAAGCAAGAAGAAUCUAAUAAGACAAUGAAUUUGAAUCAAACUAUAGAAAUUGAUGGAAAAAUGACAAAAUUAAAUGAAACUUUGGAGAUUAAUACCAAAAAUGUACAAGAUGAAUCAUCCCAGAAUCAUGACAUUACCAUGAAAUUGAUUAAUUAUCCAGAAGAAGGAGAAUGUAAUCAAAAAAUAAAGAUUUUGGAUGGAACUCUGGUUAUUAAUGUGGAGAAUAAGCAAGAAGAAUCUAAUAAGACAAUGAAUUUGAAUCAAACUAUAGAAAUUGAUGGAAAAAUGACAAAAUUAAAUGAAACUUUGGAGAUUAAUACUAAAAAUGUACAAGAUGAAUCAUCCCAGAAUCAUGACAUUACCAUGAAAUUGAUUAAUUAUCCAGAAGAAGGAGAAUGUAAUCAAAAAAUAAAGAUUUUGGAUGGAACUCUGGUUAUUAAUGUGGAGAAUAAGCAAGAAGAAUCUAAUAAGACAAUGAAUUUGAAUCAAACUAUAGAAAUUGAUGGAAAAAUGACAAAAUUAAAUGAAACUUUGGAGAUUAAUACUGAAAAUAUACCAGAUGAGUUAUCUCAGAAUCAAGAAAUUGUCAUUAAGACUAAAGAAGUUGAAGAAAUAAAUAAUUUAGAUGAAACUCUGGUUAUUAAUAACCAAGAAAUCUUAUCCCAAAGUCUUGAAUUGGUCACUAAACCCAAAGAAAUUGAAGAAAACACCGUGGAUUUAAUAAAAAAUUGUGCUGAUGAAGGAAAUCUUAAUAAAUCUAAUAAGACAAUGAAUUUGAGUCAAACUAUGGAAAUUGAUGCAGAAAAUAUUAAAGAAAACGCCGAUGAUUUUGAGAUUAACACUGAAAAUAUACCAGGUGAGUUAUCCCAGAAUCAAGAAAUUGUUAAGACUGAAGAAAUCUCCAUGAAAUUAAAUGAUAAUACAGAAGAAGAAGGAUGUAAUCAAGAAAUAAAGAAUUUAGAUGGAACUUUGGUUAUUAAUGCAGAGACUAUUAAAUCUAAAGAAACUGAGGAAUCUAAUAAAUCUAAUAAGACAAUGAAUUUAAAUGAAACUAUUGAUGUUGAUGAAAAAAAUGUGGAAGAAGAAUCAUCUCAAUGCCAUAAGACUAAAGAAAUGAAUUGUAAAAAGAAUUUAGAUGAAACUCUGGUUAUUAACAACGAAGAAAAAUUAUCCCAAACUCCUAAAAUGGUGAAUCCUAAUAAAUCUGACCAAAAACUUAAAAAUUUAAAUCAAACUUUAGAUAUGAAUACAGAAUGUAGUGAAGAAAAAUCAUCCCAGAGUCAAGAAAAUUUGAUUAAACAAGAACAAAUUGAAAAGACCACCAAGAAUUUGGUGAAAUGUCGCCCACCAAUUUCAAGAAAAAAUCUGAUAAAAAAUUUAAAUCAAACUAUAGAAAUUAAAACAGGCCAAAGUCAUAAAAUCGAUUCACAAAAAACCAAAUUAAACGAAACUUUCAACGCGGAAAAUAAUAAAGAUGUUGAUAAAGAGUUAAAAAAAUUACCCAAAAAAAUUAAAAGGAGCGACACCAUAGUGAUUAAACCCCGAAAUGACGACGCUGGUUCGUCUAAAAAUUUCGGCGAUUCAGUUAAAAACGUAGAAUUAAAUGAAACGUUGGUUAUUAAAACUGAUAAAAGCGAAAUGAAUGAAACACUUCCCAUUAAAGAUAUAAAAAAAAAAUUAUUUAGAAUGAAAAAAGUUGAAAUGGUUAAUUCUUCAACUCAAUGUGAUCAAGCCGAAGGGGUCGAAAUCGAAGGAAGCGUUAAAAAUCAUUCGAAAUCAUUGAAAGAUUACGAGCAAAACUUGUUUCAGCAAAUUUCUGAAGUGGCCACUAUAAAGGAAGAAUUCACCACAAAACAAGAACUUUUAGUUAAUUUAGAAAGUGCCUUUUCAACUGCUCAUGAAAAAUACGAACGUUGUAAAUCCGUCGCAAAUGUUUACAAAAGUAAUGAAGAGGCUUUGAGGAAAUCUUUAGCUGAGGCAGAGGAAAAACUGAAAGGGGGUAUGAACACCGAACGCAAUGUUAAAUCGCAAAUUGAAAAAUGUCUUAAUGAGUAUUACGGACAAUUGAUGUCAAAACGUGAUGAAUACGCAAGAGAAUUGAGAAAAACGGCUAAAACUGUGAAAAUAUUGGAAAUAAAAGUGAAAUCAUUAGAAACCAAUUUGGCGCAAAAAUGUGAAGAAAGGGAUAAUUUAAUGAGUGUUUUAAACGAUUCCGUUAGGCACUAAAUAAAAUAAGUUAAAAUAAAUUAUUAUAUUUUUGUUUAAUCGUUUGUAAUAAAAAUUAUUAUUAAUCUGAAUCUUAAAUGUAAUUGAUUAAACGUCGAGGUAAAUGCAGUAAAAACAAACAGUUCUACGAGAAAAUUAAAUUUAUUGGUCAGACUUUGUGAUUCAAUAUUUAGAUUUAAUACAUUUUCAUUAUGGUGUGUGCUAAUGCCGUUUUAUAGCAGUAACAAUUUUUAUUUCCUGACUAAUUAUACCAUUAAUCAACAUGUACAAAGCACUAUACAAUAUGUACAAUAAU